CAGAGACGCCCGAAGCGUUCUCCCCGCGAGACGCGACACUACAUCUGUACACGUUGUUUCCUGCCCCCAUGUUUGCCAGACCCCAAACAUCAAUCAUUAAUGACCUGCGAUGACGGAGGACGCUAAUGGGCACGGUGAAGAGAAGGACUCGCGUCUCGUGGCGGACAGUCACGACCAGAUGAACUUGGCUGAGCAUGAGGAUGGCGGGGAGCCCAGUGAGAACGGCGAGGCAGAGUCACCUAUGCAGAAUGGUGGAGAUGGUAGAAAUGCGAAGCAAAGAGAAGAAGACAGCUGGGAGAGCGAGAGCGGGGACGGGGACGGGGAGGAAGAUGAGGAGGACAAUGCAGAGCGCGACGAGGAUUACGACGAAGGAGAUGAGGAGGAGGAGGAUGACGAAGAGCCCGCCCUCAAAUACGAGCGACUAGGAGGGUCGGUGCACGAUCUCCUCGUAAAGGACUCUGCAUCCGCGCUAGCUUAUUCCCGCCAACGGCUGGCACUUGGUGCGCAUUCAGGCAUUGUUCACCUUCUAGAUAUGCAAGGCGAACGCACGAAAUCCGUGAAACCCCAUUCUGCUAGUAUUCUCGAUAUUUCACUAGACGAGACUGGUGACUUCAUAGCCACUGCAUCCAUGGACGGACAGGUCGUCAUCUACUCGCUCUCCACGCCGGAAGUCUACUCGUUCGAUAAGAAGCGACCAAUGCGAACAGUAUCGCUGGAGCCUGACUUCGCAAAGCGCAGUAAGCGUGCAUUCGUCUGUGAUGGACUGGCUGGAAAUCUCAUCCUGCACGAGAAGGGGUGGCUCGGACAUAAAGAGACUGUCCUUCACACCGGAGAAGGGCCUAUUUGGCAGGCUCGAUGGCGAGGCAGGCUGAUUGCGUGGGCAAACGACCUGGGAGUCAAAAUUUACGACACUGUAUCCCAGAUGCGCAUCAUCUACAUCGACCGACCUACCGAUAGCCCGCGCGCAGACCUGUUCAAGUGCACUCUACACUGGCAAGACGACUCGACACUAUUGAUUGCAUGGGCGGAUCAGAUCAGGGUCUGUCGAAUUCGUGCACGCCCACGCUCUAACGUCAAGCCUUCCGCGAAUCUUCCCCCGUUGCUCGUCGAGAUCACAGCUGUCUUCCAGCUCGAUUGCAUGAUGGCCGGCAUCGUCCCUUACCUCAUGCCGGAGAGCGCAGGUCCGCACACUUUGCACGCCGCUCCGACAAAUACGACUAAGUCGCAGCAGCCGACGCUCACCGUGUUCCUUAUCCUUGCGUAUACUCCUCCCGACAUAUCCGUUCUCACAGGCAACGAGGCUGCAUUGUCGCGCGCGGAACAGGCACGCAAGGCAGCAGAGCGACCAGAACUGCGCAUCAUCUCGCGCGGGGGCGAAGAGCUUGCAAACGAUGCGCUGAGCAUCACGAACUACGAGCGCUGGGCCUGCAACGACUACGUGUUGAUCGAGGUGCCUGCAGCUGUGGAGGGUCAGGCUGGGAGCUAUGUUGUGAUGAGCCCGAAGGACGUCGUGCUCGUGAAGCCCCGUGACUGGCGGGACCACGUCUUGUGGCUUGUAGAGCGGAAGCGGUUUGAGGAGGCGCUGGACGAGAUCGAGAAGCAUAACAAGGAGAGUGACGAGGACGAGAAGCGCGAAGGGGUCAGCGCUGUGGCAAUUGGACAGCGGUAUAUUGAGCAUCUGGUCGGCGAAGAAGACUAUACUAAAGCCGCCCGUUUGUGCCCGAAAGUAUGCACCCAUAAUACGAAGCGGUGGGAAGACUGGAUAUUUGUCUUUGCACAGAGGCACCAGCUGCAGGCUAUCAUUCCCUACGUGCCGACAGAGGAGCCGACGCUUGGGCGCCUUGUAUACGAGAUGAUCCUGGCAUACUUCUUGUCACACAACCGCCAGAUGUUGCUGAAGACGAUCAAGGACUGGCCAGUGGGCAUAUAUGACAUAUCUGCCGUCAUAGUUGCUGUCCAGGCGGAGCUCGAUUCCGCUCCGUCAACGUCGACUUCACCCUCAAGUCCAGCGACAUCAGACACCGUGCUCCUCAUGGAGUGCCUCGCCGAGCUGUAUACCAUGAACCGCCAGCCAAGCAAAGCGUUCCCAUACUUCCUGCGCCUGCGGCGUCCGAACGUCUUUGACCUUAUUCGGGAACACAACUUGUUCACCGCAGUGCAAGACCAGGCGCUGCUCCUCGUCGAAUUCGAUUUUGAGCUGAAGGAGAAACGCCGUGAGGCGGGCGGAAAGUCGAUUCGAACGAGAGCGCAGCGAUCAGUUUGCUCGUGGAUCACAUUCACUCCAUUCCGGGUAGUGCAACAGCUACAAGUCAGGGACUUCUACCUGUACUUGUACCUGGAUGCGCUGUUCGCCAAGGAUCAGCACUUGACGUCGCACUUUGCUGACACACAGGUCAAACUGUACGCUGAGUACGCUCCCAAGAAGCUGAUAGACUUCCUCCGGUCGAGUAACUACUACACCUUUGAGCGGGCCUAUAAAGUUUGCGAGGAGCGUGGCUUGGUUGCAGAAAUGGUGUUCUUACUUGGUCGCAUGGGUGACAAUAGAAGGGCGCUGAAUCUGAUCAUCGAAAGAUUGGGCGAUGUCGAUCGGGCUAUCGACUUUGCUAAAGAGCAGCACGACGACGAUCUCUGGGAAGACUUACUACGCUAUUCGGAGACACGACCAGCCUUCAUUCGCGGUUUGCUGGAGAAUGUCGGCGCUGAAAUCAACCCAAUUCGUAUUAUUCGGAGGAUAAAAAAUGGUUUGGAGAUCCCCGAACUGAAGGGCGCGCUUAUUAAGAUCCUGCACGACUUUAACCUCCAAAUUUCGCUGCUUGAGGGAUGCCAAGACAUCUGCAACGGCGACUGUGCCGACCUCGCACAGAGGUCGCAUAAGAAUCAGACGGCUGGCUUCUUCCUCAGUGGGAAGCAGACAUGCCCGGUAUGUGGCGAUUCGCUCAUCGAGAACAGUCAGUCGCUGCUACUACUGUUCCUGUGUCGGCACGUCGUCCAUGCGCGUUGCAUGAACAAGAGCGAGCUCUUACAGCAUCACACGGAAAUUGGGCACAGCCUUGGCGGGCGCGCAGGUAUCGGCGAGAAGAUUGCCUUGUACGUCCACUCGUCCGGGCACGCCUCGACUGCCGCUGCCCAGUCUGUCAAAAGAGAGGGGAAGGGAUACGACGGACUUGACGGCGCGCAGCUUUGAUACCUACAGACUCGUCUCAUGUUCAGUCAUUCGCUACUUUUGGAUGGGAUUUUGUGAUACUAAGUGCCACUUGUGCUUAUGCGCUGUGUCACUAAACCUAGGCAGUGUGGACACGGAAGAUAUGGCAACGCGCCACUAU